CGACUCGCGGUCCACACAAACAAGCCCGAGCACAAUGGCCGACGAAGUGGACUACGACUCGGACUCGAACGCGAUGCAGGAGGACACGGAGCACUCGCGCAGCGCGGCCCGCUCCUUCAAGGGCCGCGGGGCUCGGCUCGGCGGCAUGGUCAGCGACAGCAAGAACUUCAAGCGCGUCGGUGCCAGCGAUACCAAGUCCAAGGUCCUCGGCGAGAAGAGCGUCGAAGGCUACGUGCUCUUUGUGAGCAACGUGCACGAAGAGGCGCAAGAAGAAGACCUCCUCGACGCCUUCCAAGAGGUCGCUGACGUGGCCAACAUCCACCUCAACCUCGACCGCCGGACGGGCUUUGUCAAAGGCUACGCGCUUCUCGAAUUCAAGACGGCGGAGGACGCGGCCGAAGUCAUUGCGGAAAUGAACAACAAGGAGCUUCUCGGCCAGACGAUCAAGGUUGACUGGGCGUUUGUGAAGGAGCAGAGCGGCGGCAACCGCCGUGGUGGUGCCAACCGCAGCCGGCGGCAGUAAACGAAGCGCCCUCUCCGCGCUCAUACCUUUGCAUACUCUUCUUCUAACUCGACCCCGAUAAGCACACCGAACGAUAUGUCGCUACGAGC